AUGGAUGUGUCUAACAUCCUGGCUGAUCAUGCUGAGAAAAUAAAAUCUACUGAAGUCGAAACCGACACCCCAUUAGACGUUGAUGCUGGAUUUCUCACUGUCACAGACCCGAAUCCGAUAGAUGGUGAAAGCUACGAAUCUUCUCUCGAAACUCAUCUCCUCUCGCUCGCUCGUACAGGCACUCAAGCCCUCCUCAACGCACUUUUUUCCCUCCCAACUACUUCCUCACCAGACGGACCCCUUGCUCAACUCCCAGCCCCAACGACUCAAUUACCUAGAACCAAACCGUUACCUAAGAUCAAACCUUUAACUAAGUGGGAACAGUUUGCUAAAGCUAAGGGUAUUCAGGGUAAGAGCAAAGAGAAGAGGGAGAAGAAGGUUUGGGAUGAAGAGAGGCAAGAGUGGAUAAAUAGAUGGGGCAAAGAUGCAAAGAACAAGCAAGUAGAAGAGCAAUGGAUUACGGAGGUUCCGAUGAAUGCUGACAUCGAUUUCGACCCCCGAAAAGCUGCACGCGACGAGCGUAAAGCCCGAGUAACAAAAAAUCAAAAACAGCAUGAAGCCAAUGCAGCUAGGGCGCAAAAAACUGGAAGCUCUGCCUCCUCCAAUCCUGAACGUGAAGCCCAUAAAAAAGAUUUGGAACGUACUUUAGCCAUGUCACGCACUAGUACUGCCAGUAUGGGCAAAUUCGAUCGAAAAUUGGAGGGAGAAAAGAAAAUGAAAGGCAUCAAGCGAAAAUUUGAUCCAACUGAAGGCUCGGUCUCAGCGGAAUCUAAAGCAGCCCUCGACCUCUUAUCAAAAAUGAACUCUGAUGCUCGCAAAACCCGGAUGACUGAGGCUCAAAGACCUUCCAAGAAGUCUCGGACGUCCCAUCACGCAGAUGGUGGUAAUGAAGUGGAGGAUCCGGAAGGUAAAGUCCUCAAUGUACGCAAGGCGGUACGAUUUGCCAGUAAGGGCAGGGGUGGCGCAGCACUUGGACGAGAAAGGGAAAAGGCGGGGAAGCUAGGGAAAUCAGGGAAGGGCAAGAGGCGAUAG